UCAGGAUGUUUUUCUAUUAAAAAGGUAUAUUUCACCCAACAAAAUGACUCACCUUUAAGCCAUCCUAGGUGUAUAUGAUGUUCUUCUUUUAGACAAAUGCAGUAAUGGCAGUGAAUGGUGGUUGAAGCAAAAUAAAGUGCAUCGAUCCAUCAUAAAAAUAUGUACUCCAUGUGGCUCCAGGAAUCAUGAAUCGCCAUUGAAUUGCGGUUUAUAAAAUGUUAAAUAUGGAAAUCUUUCUUACACAAAUGUGUCGCUUCACACCCCAAUUCACUGCCAUAAUAAUUUUAUUUUUUACAUAACUCUGAUUGUAUUUAUCUAAAAGAAGAAAGUCAUAUACACAGCUUAAGGGUGAGUAAAUCAUGGAGUAAUUAUAAUUUUUGGGUGAACUUUCCCUUUUACUUUGCCACAGAUAUUACUGGUCUGCCAUAGGGGGCAUAUCUCCCGUAAUAUUCAUGCUAGUAUUGCAAAUAUGUUUUUGUCAUUUCUGAUUCUGAUUUUAGUGGGGACCAACUACAAACUGGAAAGGAUAAUAUUUUCAUAUUAAUUUUAAAAUGCUGGUUUGGGAAAACGCUUAAAAAUAUAAUUAACAAUUAUGCCUUGCACACUACUGAAUUAACUUUCUAAAUGUAAAUAUAGCAACUGUGUUUUUCCUGUUAAAUAUAAUGUAUCAGUCAUUGCAGUAAGUCACUGGGAUACAAACAGUUCCCCGAGAAUCAAAGUAUUAUAUAAAGCAGGAACUGUAGAUUAUGAAACAUAGGGUACAGUUAGACUUUACACUGUUCAUUUUACAUUUUAUAUGCACAAAAAAAAAAAACACAUAUAUGUCAUAAUAGCAACAGUCAGUGUCCCAUUUAUAUUGUCAUGGAUAUUGUCACUUCCGCUUCUGAGUAUUUGUAAACGACCUUAUGAAAAUGACAAAUUUGUUAUUUAACACAGUGUUGUGUUGCGUAAGUUUAUCUGUGCUGAUCACUACACUAUCGAGCGCAAAGUGAGAGGCGGUGCUUUACAUCCACAGUGAGGAGCAGAGAUCCAUCAGAGGCUCAAUCAAAUCCACCUCACCAUGAUCUGUCGGAAUGCACCCAGAUCAGUCAUGGGCAUACUGGUCUUAUCAGAAGGAAUAACGAGAAAACCUGAAUUCACCGCAAUGACUUCUGGGAGAAAGUUUUGCUUGGAGUUGAUUUUUGAUGUAUAAGGUAAGUUUGGAGCGUUGAAAUGAGGAUUUACCUUCAUGAAGGAGAUAGACCCCAAUCGCUCUUACUUUACGCGUGAAAGCGCACGGCAUGAAGAACGCGCGCCAAAACUUCUCGCAAACUUCACUGACAAGGUCGCUAACACGUGAGAGUUCAUCAACACCAAUGCAUUUCCAUGUGGAUAAGCCGCUCGUGGGCCUGAUUGUACACUGAUGCCAGGAUGAAGGUGUGUAACCGUGGAGUGCAGAUGCUCCUCACCACGGCGGGGGCUUUCGCAGCCUUCAGCCUGAUGACCAUCGCAGUCGGCACCGACUACUGGCUGUACUCGCGUGGAGUCUGCAGGACCAAAAGCGUCAACGACAAUGACACCAACCGAAAGAAUGAAGAGGUUCUCACGCACUCGGGGCUCUGGAGACAGUGCUGCAUGGAAGGCAUAUUUAAAGGGGUUUGUAAGAACAUUGAUCAUUUUCUAGAGGAUGCAGAAUAUGAACAAGAUGCUGCAGAGUAUCUCCUGCGUGCUGUGCGCGCCUCUAGUCUUUUCCCUAUAAUGAGUGUGGGACUGCUGUUCGUUGGUGGAGUGUGUGUAGCCGCCAGUGAGUUCUACAAAAGCCGACACAACGUCAUCCUGUGUGCAGGCAUCUUUUUUGUCUCAGCUGGUCUCAGCAACAUCAUUGGCAUUAUAGUGUACAUCUCAUCCAACGCUGGCGACCCCAACCAGAGCGAAUCCAAGCGCAGUCACUGGUACGGUUGGAGCUUCUACUGCGGCGCUCUUUCCUUCAUCAUAGCGGAGACUGUAGGCGUCCUGACCGUGCACCUGUUCAUUGAUACACACCGUGUGUUGAGAGCGCGCUCACAACGAUCACUCCAAAGCAGCACACAUUCCCUGCAGCAUCGGCGCUCGACCAGCUACCGUUCCCGCUACCGCUGGAGGCAGGGUCAAAGCCGCUCGUCAGACACCCGGUCUCGCGAACCUUCUCCGGCCCGUCACGGAAACGACCUCGGGCUUUAUACUCUGGGACGCGGACCACCAACAGCUACGCACGCGCUCGCGCACAACUCCAUAGGCUCUGGCCAUGGUUUUGCACAUUUUCAUAACGCCGUCAUCACUAAUAACAACUUUGCAAAUCCUCAUGUUUUCACCACGCAGAACUCGGUGAAGUCGGAAAGAGAGCUUCCGCGCAUACAGAACUCGUUGCGCACCGAGAAAAGUUUUGUGUUUGCAAAGGCACAUGGACAAAAUUCAGUCAAACCGGAAAAUGGAGUCGUGCCGUCGCAGAAUUAUAAAUUAAAUUUAGUAAAUCCUAGUAAAAGCCCAGUGCAUGAGCAGAGUUCUGGGAAUGAGAAUUCACAUGUGCAAAACGAUGUAAAAGAGUCCUCAUAUAUAUCUCAAAGUGGAACUGUGACAAGAAAAACAACUCCGGUGUAAAACAAAGACAGGUCUGAGUGAAGAUUAUAUCUGCUAAAGAAGUAAAUGGAAACAAGAAAAGACUUCCCGCUUCUGAGAACUGGGAAAUAUGAAAUUGGUUCAUCCGUCAUUUCUAGAUCCAUAUGAGAAGAAUUGUGAGUGGGGGGAGUAAAUAAACAGUGUGUUAAUUCACACUCAACACCCACGAAGACACCGAACCCCCUAUGGCUCUCUUGGCCUUGCAGCAAACAUGGCUGCCAGUGCCCACUGCCCCGGGUGUGUAUCCACAGUGUGUGUGUGUGUGUGUGGGUGUGUUCACUACUCACUGCUGUGUGUGUGUGCACUUGGAUGGUUUAAAUGCAAAGCACAAAUUCCAAGUAUGGGUUUCCAUACUUGGCCUUCACGUCAUGUCACUUUCAUCAGCAAAUAAGUUAAUUCCAGACAGUACUAAAACUUUUUUUUUUUAUGGUGUGAUAUAUGAUUUUGGCUCAUUGUGUUCCUUUCCUUUUGUGAAAGCAAAUACAUACAAACUAGUAUUGUUAAGCUUUCAAUGUGUGCCAAUAUAUGGUAACAAUUAUUGCAAGUUAUUAUUUACCUCAAAAGAGAAAUUGUCAUGGUUCUAUUGUAGCAAUUUGCAUUUAGUCCUUACUGUACAUUUUAUGUGCUCUAUUGGAUGUGGUGAUUUAAUAAAUAAUCUUAAUAAAAAUUAACUGACAAAACAA